AUUGCCAUCCUCACAAAAUAUAAUAUUUUUUUUUGUUUCCGAAGUCAUAUUCUCGUGUUUGUAUUAGCUGCUUUCUACGAAACGUUCAAACUUCCCACGACGUUCGGUGUGUGUAGCCUUUGGUCGUAGCCUGCGUUGUAGCUGGGAGAUGAUCCUUGAAGGAAUUUAUGCUAUGGUGGUGGUGGUGUGGUUAUAGCGAUAAUGUGGAAAUUUAAACAUCAUACAUAUAAUUACGAAAUCUUAUACGUUUAUAGGAUGGGUUCUUAUUACAUCCUCUUGCAAUCUGGCUACCCUUUCAAUUCGUAAAAUGGUAUAGAUGAAUUGUUAAGAAUACAACGGAAUACUGGUUGUAAUAGCCAAAAUUUUAGGUUAGUAACGGUCUAGCUGUGGACACUACCGAAAAGUGAAAAAUGUCCAGUAGGAGAGGUAAAUUUGGCCCACUGGUAGGAUCUAUUGAUGAAGGCACCAGCAGUGCCCGCUUCCUGGUUUUUGCUGCAGAAACUUCAGAAUUGCUGACAUAUCAUCAAAUUGAAAUACGUCAGAUGUGUCCACGAGAAGGAUGGGUAGAACAGGACCCAUUACAAAUCUUGAAGGCUGUUAAAGAUUGUGUAGAGAUUACAGUUGAUAAUCUCCACAAAUUAGAUAUUGAUCCAUCAGAUAUCGUGGCUGUGGGGAUUACAAAUCAGAGGGAAACUGUAGUUAUCUGGGACAGAUGUACUGGACAGCCACUAUAUAAUGCAAUAGUUUGGUUGGACGUUCGUACCACGUCAACGGUGGAUGAAGUCCUGGUUGAUGUUCGAGACCAUAAUCAGGACUGUUUAAAAUCUUUAUGUGGCUUACCUGUCAGUACUUACUUUAGUGCUGUCAAGAUCCGUUGGCUAAUGGACAAUGUACCGGAAGUGAAACGCGCGGUUGAAAGGAAGCGGUGCUGUUUUGGUACUAUGGAUACGUGGUUGUUGUGGAAUUUAACUGGUGGAAAAGAUGGUGGUUUAUAUAUUACUGAUGUCACAAAUGCGUCUAGGACAAUGCUCAUGAAUAUAAAGACUCUACAGUGGGAUUCAACUUUAUGCAAGUUUUUUCGUAUUCCAAUGGACUUGUUACCUGAGAUACGAAGUUCGUCAGAAAUUUAUGGCUAUUUGACUGAUGGGUCAUUGCAAGGAGUGCCAAUAUCAGGGUGUUUAGGUGAUCAGCAGUCGGCUCUCGUAGGACAGAUGUGCUUCAGACAGGGUCAAGCAAAGAACACCUACGGCACUGGAUGCUUCUUAUUGUAUAACACUGGUCUGUCUGUAGUUCAGUCAACCCAUGGUCUUUUAACGACCGUAGCCUACAAGCUUGGAAAAUCAGCAAAUGCUGUUUAUGCAUUGGAAGGAUCGGUGGCAAUUUGUGGGGCGGCAAUGAAAUGGUUGCGAGACAACUUACGUAUAUUGGGCGAUAUUUCUCAGUCUGAUAAAAUUGCGCAGUCCGUCACUGACAGAAGCGAAGUGUACUUUGUGCCUGCAUUUUCUGGCCUUUAUGCCCCAUUCUGGAGGAAAGAUGCUCGCAGUGUCAUUUGCGGCAUAACAGAAGAUACCACUGAUGUAGCAAUAGUUCGUGCCGCGUUAGAAGCGGUUUGCUUUCAGACAAGGGAUAUCCUGGUUGCGAUGAAUAAGGACUGUGGCAUCCCUCUUACGAAACUUCUUGUAGACGGGGGAAUGACGACAAACAAUUACGUGAUGCAGUUACAAGCAGAUCUGUGUGGUAUUCCAGUAGUUCGGCCGCUUAUGACAGAAACCACUGCGCUUGGUGCAGCUAUGGCUGCUGGAAGUGCGGAAGGAAUUGGAGUGUGGGACUUGAACAAUCUGCAGGGUGUUGGCAGCGAUGUAUUUAAACCAGCGAUCUCAGAAGACGAAAGAGACAUGAAAUAUUCCCGAUGGAAGAUGGCCAUUGAGAGAAGCCUCGGCUGGGUGGCUGAUGAGGCAAAUGGAGAAAUGUAUGAAGAAGAUAAACAGCAAUAUGUUCUGUCAUCAGUGCCAGGCAGCUUGUUCCUCAUCACUGCUGCAGGCUUGCUGCUCUUUGCCCAGUAUUUGAGGUCUUGACUUAACACAAUAAUCAGGAUGAACGCUUGUACUUACAUCUUUUAGUUGCAAUAUUGUCUUCAGUUCUUUUGUGAUUGCCUUGGAGAUUUCAUUAUUCUGUCUCUCAGUAUUGUGACUGAUGCAUCCAACAUGACAAUCACCACAGAUAAAUACAUGCAAGGAGACGCCCCAUAAAGAAUGCCUAUGCUUUGCAGUUAUGCACUUUUUACACUUUGUGCAUAUUGGUAAAUGAUUUGCUUGUUAUUUCUCUCAAUUUCUAGUCAUUUGAUGCUUAAUACUUGCAUAAUUCAAGCGUCACAGUGAACCACACAUCAUGAAAAAUUUAUAUAUUAAAUAAUACAACUUUUACAGCCAAAAAUGCGUCAAAUCGUACUUGGUGUUGAAGGUACGUUGAACAAAGAAUACACAUGUAAUUAGUUACAACAUUUAAUAAACUUAAUAACAUUAUAAAUGCAAUAUAAAUUAUCAAAGCACAGACUAGACACAAUAAAUAACACACUCUGAACUCUGAAACAAUUAUGUAACUGAAAUAUAAACAGAAGUUUGAUUUUCUUUCUUGUGCAUUACAAUUUUCAUAAUUUGUUAUAGCUGUGUUAUUCUUACAUCUCAAAAAAAUGUUAAAAUCGAAUUCACCUGUGUAAGUAGCUGGGCAUAUCUGAUGUUUUGUCGUUGAUGGAUUUCAUUGUUCUGAAUGUUUGAUUUGUUUUAAGAAGCCCAUUUAACAGAAGGCCGAUAUGGUAUUUGUGAAUUUUAUGAAAUGGCUUUAUCAACAAAUGUUUGUAUAAAGUUAUAAGUAUAAGGCCAGAAUGUUACUGAUUUAAGCACUAGAUUUAACUUUAAACUACAUUAAAAACCUGAUUGUCCAACA